AUGUUUGAUUUGUUUAGCAAUGUACCAGUAGGUAAUGAAAAUUAUGAACUUAACUCAUGUUCAGGAUCCUCUGUGUGUAAUGGCAGAACUAUUGACAAUAUGACAGUUUCAUCUAUAGAUGGACAAUUCUGUACAAAACUCCCAACCAUACUAGAAUGUGAUAGCAUUCCGGACUCGCGGUUGGAAAUCCCUACACCGGAUAUAGUAAAAUACCACCAACACCUCUCAGAUGUCCCCAUUCCCAGGUUGCGUGAGGACUGUGAAAUAGUGCUUCUCAUAGGACGUGACGUAGCAGAGGUGCACCAUGUAUUUGAACAACGUAUAUCCCCUGAGAAGCCAGGUGCCCCCUUUGCUCAGCGUCUAGGUUUGGGAUGGGUAGUCAUUGGUGAAGUUUGUUUGUCAUCGCACAGACCACCAGUACGGACUAUGAAGACUUAUGUUUGCGAAAGUGGAAGACCGUCCAUAUUUGAACCAUGUAGUAAUAAGAUUACCGUUAAACAUUGUCACCUUGACCAGGUCGGGGCUAAUGACAUAUUUGUUCAUACAAAGAAUGAUGAUAAGCCAGGCUUAUCUUUAGAAGAUAAGGAGUUUCUUAAACUUAUGGACACACACUUUCAUAAAGAUAAUUCUGGUCACUGGACUGCACCAUUGCCAUUUCGUACGCCACGCAUCAAAUUACCGAACAAUCGAUCAGAAGCCUAUCGUAGGGCUAAGACUUUUGAAAGUUCGCUAAAACGAGAUCGACUUAAAUUGCAGCACAGUCUAGAUUUUAUGGAAAAUCUACUUAACAAAGGCUAUUGCGAACGUGCUCCCCAUCUUGAAAAUGAAGAAUGUUGGUAUCUUCCAUUAUUUGGUGUAUAUCACCCGAAGAAAAAGGACAAAAUUCGUAUUGUGUUUGAUUCGUCAAGUAAGUUUGAUGGAGUGUCCUUGAACAGCGUGCUCAUGACUGGUCCAGAUUUAACAAAUAGCCUGACUGGGAUACUGAUGAGAUUCAGAAGAGAUAGAAUAGCAGUAUCUGGGGAUAUAGAACAGAUGUUUUACCAAUUCCGGGUUGAUGAAACACAUCGCAAUUACUUACGGUUCCUCUGGUAUGAAGACAACGACUUCAAUAAACCAUUAAUUGAGUAUCGCAUGUGCGUGCAUGUUUUUGGAAAUGCCCCCUCACCUGCAGUGGCAACAUAUGGCCUCCAACAAUCAGCCAAAAAUGCUGCAGAAACCUAUGGUGAAGCUAUGUUAGAUUUCGUCUGUAAUGACUUCUAUGUUGAUGAUGGUUUGUCUUCACUUCACACAGAGAGAGAAGCUGUAUCGUUACUGACUAACACAAAAGAAGCUCUACAAGAAGAAGGAAAUCUACGGUUUCAUAAACUGGUGUCAAAUAGUACCAAGGUUUUGGAAAACUUUAGUGAGGAAGAUCUAGCUAAAGAUAUCAAAUCUAAAGAUUCUCCUGUACAUAGAAGCCUAGGACUUAGUUGGAGACUUGAUGAUGAUUCAUUCACAUUUCAGCUUGACAGAGAUGAGAAACCAACAUAUACUAAACGAACUGUGCUCGGAAUUAUCAAUAGCCUUUACGAUCCAUUAGGCUUUUUAUCACCUUUCACGAUAACUGGUAAACUAUUGCUACGAGAUAUCACUGACAGUGUUCAGGAUUGGGACGAACCAUUGCCUGACUAUCUGCACAAGAAGUGGUUGUCAUGGUUCCAAAGUCUGCAAGAUCUUCAAUAUCUUAGGAUACCAAGAACCUAUUUUCCUCCUAGUGUGAAAUUUGGCGCUGAGAAGGAACUUCAUGUAUUCUGUGAUGCUUCUGAGAAAGCUAUUUCCAGUGUUGCAUACCUUAAAACCGUUGGAAAUGAAAGUACCAAUGUUGGAUAUGUGUUCGGUAAAGCCAAAGUAGCACCCAAACAUGGACAUACUAUACCCAGAUUAGAACUGUGUGCAGCUGUUUUGGGAGUGGAAAUUGCUGAAAUGAUUUGUGAAGAGUUAUCCAUUUCACCUGAGAAUAUAACGUACCACACUGACAGUAAAAUUGUACUUGGAUACUUGAAUAAUAAGACCAGAAGAUUCUAUGUCUAUGUAGAAAAUAGAGUUUCCAGAAUUCUUAAAUUUUCCAAGUCAUCUCAAUGGAAAUACGUAGAAACAGAUAGAAAUCCUGCUGAUGAAAGUACCCGUGGUUUGAAACCUUCGGAACUGGUGCACUCUAAAUGGUUGUCAGGACUACCUUUGUUAUCAUUACCAGAAUCUUCCGAGCAAUAUGACCUACAAAAUCCUAAUGAGGAUGUUGAAGUUCGAUCCUCAGUGACAAGCAUGAAAACUGAAGUGAAAUUUGGAAUAAAUCGCUUUGAAAAGUUCUCAACUUGGAAGAGACUUGUCCUUGCUAUAUCUACUCUCUUGAAAUUUGUCAGGCGUUUUAAGAAGAGGCAUACUUCUAGUAGUGACAAUUGUCAGUCACAGAUACUUCCUGAGCAGGAAAUUGAUGCCAAAACUUUCAUUAUCAAACAAGUGCAAAAGGAGAUAUACCACAAGGAAAUAUCAUGUUUGAAAUCUGACAAAAAGUUACCUAAACAAAGUAAUGUGUUGGAUCUUGCACCAUUUAUUAAUAAAAAUGAAGAAAUUCUCAGAGUUGGAGGUAGACUGAAAUCUUCUCAACUACCUAAAGGUGAAAAACAUCCUAUUCUUAUACCUGGACGAUCACAUACAGCUACUUUACUGGUUCGACAUUAUCAUGAAAAGGUCCACCACCAAGGACGUCAUAUUACAGAGGGCGCCAUUAGAACAGCCGGUUAUUGGAUAACUGGUGGCAAGAGACUGAUAGCCAACCUUAUUCACUCAUGUGUGCAGUGCCGUAAACUCAGAGGUUCAUUCUCCUCUCAAAUGAUGUCUAACUUACCUGCUGAUAGAAUCACACCUGCUCCGCCCUUUACCUAUGUUGGAGUCGAUGUGUUUGGCCCCUGGAAUGUUAUUACCCGUCGUACAAGGGGCGGAAGUUCUACAUCAAAACGUUGGGCAGUUCUCUUUACUUGCUUGUCAAUCAGAGCCAUACACAUUGAACUGGUAGAAGAGAUGUCAUCAUCAGCGUUUAUCAAUGCUCUGAGACGAUUUACCUCACUAAGAGGUCCGGUCAAAAUCUUUCGAUCAGAUCGAGGGACUAAUUUUGUUGGAGCUACGGAAGAUUUGGGGAUCGAAGCUGUCAACGUUGAAGACAGAAAAUUUGCUAACUACCUACACGAGUCUGGAAGCGUUUGGAUUUUUAACCCACCUCAUUCUUCUCACUUUGGAGGUGUUUGGGAGAGAAUGAUAGGAGUUACUCGCCGUAUUUUGGAUGCUAUUCUACUCGAAAACAAAAACAAGCACCUAAUGCACGAGGUGUUGUCAACAUUCAUGGCAGAAGUUUGUGCAAUUGUGAACGCGAGACCUAUCACACCUGUUUCAUCAGACCCAGAGAACCCAUUUAUUCUGUCCCCCUCUGUGCUUCUUACACAUAAAAGUGCAAAUAAUCCUGUUUCAAUGUUCGAUCAUUUAGAUACAAAAGAUAUGUAUAAAGCACAGUGGAAGUGCGUUCAAGUUUUAGCUGAAUCUUUCUGGAAAAGAUGGAGAUUGGAAUACUUGUCACAAUUACAACCACGCAAAAUCAGGAAAAAUCAAUCUGAAAAUAUCAAGUUAGGUGAUCUAGUGCUCUUACGCGAUUAA